AUGGUGAUGAUGGUGUGCGGCCGCAGGUUGUUGCGGCGGGGCUCCCGCUCGGCGCUACUGGCCGCGCUCUCGGUGCUGCUGCUGCAGACGCUGCUGCUGUGGAGCUUCAGCAGCCUGGACGGAGAGAGCGGGGAGAACGGGCGCCAGAGCCCGGACACCGGGCAGUACCGGGACCGCAGCAGGCACAUCCGAGAGAUACCCGCCAGAGGAGCAGCCUUCCCCGGGCACGGGCUGGGUGUGCUUCUUUCUCACAAGCCAAAGGAAAAAAAUCGAAUUGACAGUAAUAAUGAAAACUCUGUCCCAAAAGACUUUGAAAAUAUUGACAAUAGUAAUUUUGGGCCCAGAAUGCAAAAGCAGAAGUUGCAACCAGAAGUGAAGAGUAAAGCUCCAAUUGAGAAGAAAGCCAAGUAUGAGCAGAUGGGCAAAGCCAAGGAUCAUUCAUUGCUGGGCAAGAGCACCAAUGAAGUCCUAAAGUACGGGAGCUAUCAGGCAAAAAAUUCUAGCAAUUUGCAACCAAACUACAAGACUGGGAAUGCCAACAAAGGAAUGGGGAUUGGAAAGGCCACUCAAGAAAUCCAUUAUGAACAGACUCCCAGAUGUGAAAUAUCGGGCAAGGAAGCAUUGUCUGCACUCUCCAGGGCUAAAAGCAAACAUUGUCGACAAGAGAUUGCUGAGCUCUAUUGCCUUCAUAAAGAUGGCAAGUUAAUGCCUGAAAAGGUACCUCGAUUGUGUCCGUUGGAGGGUAAAGCAGCAAAUAAUAUCCAGCCAGAAGAUGACUCCUUGGAAUCUUUGCCUCAAAACCCUAUCAGAAUUGCCUUUGUUUUGGUUGUUCAUGGGAGAGCUUCACGACAGCUGCGGCGCCUGUUCAAGGCGAUUUAUCACCGAGAUCACUACUAUUACAUUCAUGUGGACAAGAGAUCAAACUAUCUGCACCGGGAUGUAUUAGAGUUUGCCAGUCAGUAUCCAAAUGUGCGAGUCACACCUUGGCGAAUGGCCACCAUCUGGGGUGGAGCAAGCCUGCUGACCACGUACCUGCAGAGCAUGCGGGACCUACUGGAGAUGAAAGACUGGUCCUGGGACUUCUUCAUCAAUCUGAGUGCUGCUGACUAUCCAAUUAGGACUAAUGAUCAACUGGUGUCUUUCUUGUCAAGAUACAAAGAUAUGAAUUUUCUGAAGUCUCAUGGCAGAGAUAAUGCAAGGUUUAUAAGGAAGCAGGGCUUAGACAGGAUUUUCUUUGAAUGUGAUACACACAUGUGGCGCCUCGGAGACAGGAAAAUCCCUGAAGGUAUCACUGUAGACGGUGGUUCUGACUGGUUCCUCCUCAGCAGAAAAUUUGUAGAAUAUGUGAAUUAUUCAGAAGAUGAGCUGGUGACCCACAUGAAGAGGUUUUAUGCCUACACCCUGCUGCCUGCUGAGUCCUUCUUCCACACGGUCCUGGAGAAUAGUCAUCUCUGUGAGACGAUGGUGGAUAACAACUUGCGAAUUACCAACUGGAAUCGGAAGCUUGGCUGUAAGUGCCAGUACAAACACAUUGUGGAUUGGUGCGGCUGCUCCCCCAAUGACUUCAAGCCACAGGAUUUCCACCGCUUCCAGCAAACGGCGAGGCCAACGUUUUUUGCUCGGAAGUUUGAGGCUGCAGUUAACCAAGAGAUCAUUGGUCAGCUGGACUUCUACCUGUUUGGCAACUACCCAGCUGGCACGACAGCUCUGAAAGCAUACUGGGAAAACGUAUACGAUGAGCCAGAUGGUGUCCACAGCAUCAGUGACACAUACCUGACCAUGUAUCACUCAUUUGCUCGCCUCGGUCUAAAAAGAGCAGAGUCUUCCUGGCAUUCCAAAGAGGAGAAUAAGUGCAGAUAUUAUGCUAUGGGCAGCCCAGUCUCAGUUCAUCUCUAUUUCUACACUGACCGAUUCCAAGGCUAUCUGCUGAAACAUCAUGCCACAAAUCUGGCCACCAGCAAACUGGAAACGCUCGAGACUUGGGUGAUGCCAAGAAAAAUCUUUAAAAUGUUGAACCCCACCAAUGACUUUGCACGGCUACAGUUUGCAGAGAUUGGCACAGAGUGGGAUGCUAAGGAGAGAAUUUUCCGAAACUAUGGUGGCCUCAUUGGGCCCAUGGAUGAGCCAAUUGGCAUGCAGAAGUGGGGCAAGGGUCCUAACGCCACGGUCACUGUCGUUUGGAUCGAUCCAAUUAACGUCAUUGCAGCUACGUAUGAUAUUCAGAUCGAGUCCAGUGCCGAGUUCACUCAUUACAAACCUCCACUGAACCUGCCCCUGCGCCCAGGCCUCUGGACUGUCAAGAUUCUGCACCGCUGGACACCGGUGGCUGAGACAAAGUUCUUGGUGGUCCCGCUGAUGUUCUCAAACAGGCAGCCGAUUGGAAAAGAAGAAACCCUCAAGUUACAUAGUGGUCCGCCUAAGAAUGCCUACAUGGAACAGAGUUUCCAAGGCCUGAGGAAUACCCUGAAUAUACAUACGACUCCCAACCAAGUGGAACAGGCAAAACAUAAUGCAGCACUCACUGGCUCACAGCUGGAGGGCUGGGUCGACCCCAUGGUCAACAGUCUGUGGUCAGCUGUGGAUAUCUGUGCCAGUGGCCCCACCUCUUGCCCGAUCAUGCAAACCUGCAGCCAAACAACCUGGAGUUCAGAGAGUCCAGACCCCAAAUCAGAAUUGGGGCCAGUCAAAGCGAAUGGCCGUUUGAGGUAGCACUUAUUGCACCCCCAAAUCUUCGUAAAAACACAAAUUGCCAAUCGGGUUUUCCCAUUAGUUCUUAGCAACAGUUCCCAGAUGUCUUCAUAGAAUUAUGACAAAGCUAGGGCAGUGCAUUUAAACUUGAAGAUGUUGAUUUUGACAGAGGUAAGCAGUGUUAGCUGUGCUGGUACUGUGAAAGAACAGAUGUAUUAUCAUGUGCUGCAGAAAGUCUAGAAUGAAAAUUUAGCACUCUAUUUAUUUAAACAUUUUAGUCAGUGACUAAUGAGUAGGUGCUGCUUUUGCAGCUUGUUUUAUAUAUAUAUAUAUCCUAUUACUAAUCUGCCUUUAUUAACAAAGGCCUGUGCCCAGAUUUCCUACCACCUUUAACUGUAUCUGAUCUAAAACAUGUAGAGGGUCUCAAAGCUUCUGUCAACAGGACUAUUUAAAUUGAAAUCAAUUAGUUACACCUGCUGUAAAAGAGAGAGUCAGCUCUCCUAAAUAGGUUGUAACGCACUUUGCUGAACCAGUGCUCGCAGCACUGGCUAUUCUAUUCUAGAUGAUCAGAGCAUUAUACUGCAGCCAGGAUACACACCAGAUUCAGAAAAUGAUGUAGUAAAAUGAUCACUGUUAGCAACCCCAAAGCAAAUUAGAGUUUAUUCUAAUUUUUCAUGGCAGUAAUAUAGCAACUCCGUUUAACUUAGUUAGAUCAGACAUUCCUUUGUAAACUUAGUUUUUUUUUAAAGAAAACUUGCAUAUAAUUUUGCAAAAAAAUCACAUUGCACUUUCAAAGAAAAACCUUCUUGACUGCAGCACCAGAAACCCAUCUUUAUGUUCAAAUCCUCAUGGUCUAAAAAUGGUAUGUCUGAUUAAACAUUAUCUACUAUAGCUGGAUGUUUUUACUUCUUUUACAUUUGUUAUUAGGGCAUCUCAGAAGUGCUCCAUGUUGGCCUGUCUAUGCAGUUUGUAUUAAUUGUCGUUCUUUGAUGUGAUGUGUACGCUGGGGUUGUUAAUUCUGUUGAAGGUGCUAGGUCUUGUGAACAGACAGUGUCAUACACAAACAUUUGAUCUCAGCAUGUGAAGCUACUGUCUGUUGGGCUUUUAGAGUAAUAGGCAGGCUAUUUCAUUUACUUCAUCACGUCAGAGUAACUUAGAUCCCUGCCCCCAUUAGUCUGAAUAUCAGAUGAAGCCCCCCCCCCCCCCCCCCCCCACAGUUUUAACUUCUGUUAUAAAGGUCUUUCAGUACUCCUGUUAAUGACUUAUAUUUGAAUAAUUUACCUUUAAACAUUAGAUGGAUUCAGAGUUGCAUUUCAUGAUCAGCACCGCCUUAGCCAAACUUCAUUCCUGCUUUCAGUUUAAAUAUUUCUCAGCUUGUUCUGUGUGAACUCUCAACAGCAACAACAAUUGCUAAAGCCCUUGGUUGGCCAAGGAUUUACAGUUACUCCAAAUCACAGGGUCCUUCUUGCUCAUGGUAACGUUGCGAUAAAGGGGAAAUGAAGAACUGUUGAACUGAUAUGGGAAGUACUAUGAAUAUCGAGCAGAUUAGUCAGCAGGUGGGAAACAGUGAUGAGAUCCCUUUUGUUCUCAUUCCCAUUUCAGAAUUGCAGGGUGCCAUGUCAAAAACUUGCUCUACCUCCCUCCUUAGAAGUGAACUCAUUUCCAAUGCACUUCGAAUAUUGUUUUUAUUCCAGAUUUCCAUCUCUGACAGUGUUUUUAAAAUGUGUAAUCACAUAUUUACUGAAGUGAAUAAUAGAAAUCUGAGCAUCAACUUUCUGCCCAUUUCCAUGAAGUACUUGAUUUACAUAGUUUGGUUAAACUGGUGGCUGCCAGUCAUGAAGUUGUGGAAAAUCAAUGGUUGUAACAGAAUACAAACAGGCAGUUUGAGCAACAGAAAAAUCUCCACAUUCCUGCCGGGCAUGGGGAUCCCAAAUAAUUCCUAAUUUGGGAGUGGUGAAAUCAGAAAUACAACCAACCAGUCUGGGAGGCUGAAGAGAGGAUAUCAUCAUGCCUUUUGCCUUCAGCCAUGGAAAAUGAAAAGCUUUUUUAAAAAAAUGAAGUAUAGAGCUGGAUGAACACAGCAGGCCAAGCAGCA